CUGGAGCAGGAGGAGGAGAGGAAAGGAAGGGAGGGGUCACGUGCGGCCAGCGGCUCGAGGUCACGUGACGGGCGCUGGGGCGGAGGGAAUCUGGACUGGGAGUUCUCCUGAGGGAAGCGGAGUGAAGUGGUGGGGACGCGGCGGCGGCGCUGACAAUGAGUUUUCUUGGAGGCUUUUUUGGACCCAUUUGUGAGAUCGAUGUUGUCCUUAAUGAUGGGGAAACCAGGAAAAUGGCCGAAAUGAAGACUGAAGAUGGCAAAGUAGAAAAACACUAUCUUUUCUAUGAUGGAGAAUCUGUUUCAGGAAAGGUAAACCUAGCCUUUAAGCAACCUGGAAAGAGGCUAGAGCACCAAGGAAUUAGAAUUGAAUUUGUAGGUCAAAUUGAACUUUUCAAUGACAAGAGUAAUACUCAUGAAUUUGUAAACCUAGUCAAAGAACUAGCCUUGCCUGGAGAAUUGACUCAGAGCAGAAGUUAUGAUUUUGAAUUUAUGCAAGUUGAAAAGCCAUAUGAAUCUUACAUCGGUGCCAAUGUCCGCUUGAGGUAUUUUCUUAAAGUGACAAUAGUGAGAAGACUGACAGAUUUGAUAAAAGAAUAUGAUCUUAUUGUUCACCAGCUUGCCACAUACCCUGACGUUAACAAUUCUAUUAAGAUGGAAGUGGGCAUUGAAGAUUGUCUACACAUAGAAUUUGAAUAUAAUAAAUCAAAGUAUCAUCUAAAGGAUGUGAUUGUUGGAAAAAUUUACUUUUUAUUAGUAAGAAUAAAAAUCCAACAUAUGGAGUUGCAACUGAUCAAAAAAGAGAUCACAGGAAUUGGACCAAGUACCACCACAGAAACAGAAACAAUUGCUAAAUAUGAAAUAAUGGAUGGUGCACCAGUAAAAGGUGAAUCAAUUCCAAUAAGACUAUUUUUAGCAGGAUAUGACCCAACUCCAACAAUGAGAGAUGUGAACAAAAAAUUUUCAGUAAGGUACUUUUUGAAUCUAGUCCUUGUUGAUGAGGAAGACAGAAGGUACUUCAAGCAGCAGGAGAUCAUUUUAUGGAGAAAAGCUCCUGAAAAAUUGAGGAAACAGAGAACAAACUUUCACCAGCGAUUUGAAUCACCAGAAUCACAGGCAUCUGCUGAACAGCCUGAAAUGUGAACUGAAUAGGAGAAAAAAAGAAAAACAAAAACCUCCUAUAUCCAUUAAGUUCAGCAGGUUAAAGAUGGUUGCAGCUUGUAGGGGGGGAAAGGCCAAAACUCCAUUUAUGAUAGUCUUCCUUUAUCUUACAGUGCUGCAUUUAUUUUAUGAUACAACUAAAUGUUCUUCAUGUACAUACAUUAAAAAAAGCGCUUUCUUUGAAACACUGGAACUUUCCUAAGCUGCCGUUUUUUUCCUUUUUUUUUUUUUUUAACUGCACACUUUGACCUGAUGAUAAGCACUCAGAUAUGCAUAAACAUUAAAGAUUUUCAUGUGAGUAGGCUGGUAUUUGUAAUUUUGCUUUUCUUUGUAAUGUUGAUUAUAAAUACUUUUCUCCUUUUUCAUGCUAAUAAUUACCUCUUAUUCUCUACAUGCAAAAAAUUAAAUAUUUUGUGUUCAAAUAAAAAUAGAAAAAUUGAGUGGGCCUUACAUCCUGCAAAGAUUUAAAACAUGGCAUCUCAAUAUUUUUGAGAAAUACGUUUAUGUUUCUAUAGGUGUAUUUGAGAAAUAUGGAGUGUUUCACUGUAGGUGCUUUUGAUUCUGCCAUUCCAUGGCUUCCUGAAUUGUAUCCUCUUUGAAGUCUUCUGUGGUGUGAAUGUUAAAAUUUUUCCCCGAGAUUAUGUGGCAUGUCAUUGUGGCCUGCUAGCUUUCCCCUUCCUCCCUCCCUCCUUCCUUCCCUCCCUCCUUCCUUCCCUCCCUUCCUUCCCUCCCUUCCUCCCUUCUUCCUUCCUUCCAUCCCUUCCUCCCUCCCUCCUUCCUUUCUUCCCUCCCUCCUUCCUUCCAUCCCUUCUUCCCUCCCUUCCUCCUUCCCUCCCUCCUUCCUUUCUCUUCCUUUCUCUUUCUUCUUUCUUUUCCUUCUGUCUUUCUUUUUUUGCCAUAUUAAGUAACUAUUUUGCUACUACUGUCCAGCAGGUACCACUGUAUGUUUUCUGCAAUGUAGAGUUGACUCUAUGUUGGCAUUUUAGAAUUUGUUAAAACUAUAUAAUUUUUCUGUAACUACUUUUUUUUUAAAUUAAGGCAUCUUUUUACCGCAUAUAUACAAAUAUAAUUUUCUUGCCUUCACAAAUACUCUCUUCCCUUUCCAGGGGAAAAUUUGAGGAUGGGGAACUCAGGAGGACCUGUGAAGCAUGUGGUUAUCUACAUCUGGACAAUUUCGUGUUUGUUAAACUGGAACUUUGGCUAGUUCAAAUUCAAAUGUAAUUUCACCCACUCUGUUUAAAUUUUGUAACACUAAAGUCAUUUGUUCAAAGUUCCAAAAAGAAGCUUUUAGUCAUCUGUUCAUAUGCAUGGGGUCUGAUCUCAGAUACGCUAAACAUGGGGUGAAGGAACUAAAAUGAAGCCUGCUGUGUGAAACUACUUUCAUUUAGGGUUCACUGGUUUUUGUACCAAUAUUUUUUUAUACACUUCACGCAAGUCUUGUCAGUUACCCUUACUUUAUGAGUAAGCCAAGUAACCCAAAUUACAUUUCUUUAAACCUGUUUACUACUAUGGCACUUUGAUAAAAUGGUCAGUAACCAACUUCUUUCCUGGCAAAAGGUUCCAUGUACCCUGUGCUGGAGCAUCUGUUUUAAAUGUGGCUAUCUGUGAGUGGUAAUGUUUUCCUUCAUGUAAGUGCCUGCUCAGAGUUUCAGAAUUUAAAAAUGCCAAAUAUUUUCAUGGUCACUUGCAUGUAGUAAUCUAGAAACUAUUCGAAGAAAUUUUGAAAACCAGUUGUAUUUAACCAGCCUCAAAUUGUGCAACCAUGAUGUAUAAUAAAGAAUUUGAAAUGAUA